AUGGGUAACGCAGUCGUAAAAGCCGGCCGUUGUUUCUGCACCGCCGGAGAAAUCUCCCAGCGACACGACAACUCCGUCGUUUCGUCGGACCCGCUCGACGAGGGCCUAGGCCAUUCCUUCUGCUACUUCCGGCCCGACUCCUCCGAUACGACGUCGUCCAAAGUCUUGUCCGAAGAGCCGAACCCGCCAACGACGACAUUCCGGUCAAUCUCCGGCGCCUCCGUCAGCGCCAACAUAUUCACGCCACUUUCGACUUCUCUCUGCGAGCUCUACCCGUACAGCGCCGGCUGCGAUCGGGCGGCGAAGUUCGAGAGCUCGAACUCGUUCGCCUCCAUUCCUCUGCAGCCGGUUCCUCGGAAGUCAUACCAGGGAGUUUCCGGGUUGGGUCCGAUCGAGAGAGGGUUCUUAUCGGGUCCUAUAGAGCGAGGCUACUUGUCUGGCCCGAUUGAUCACGGGAUGUAUUCGGGUCCCAUCGAGAAAGAGUGCGACAAAUUCUCGAGAAGCAUUUCUUUUGGGAUUGAAACGAAACCAAAAAUAAGGAGCUUAAUGAAGAUUUUCAGAAGAGCGGUUUCGGGUGCCAUGCUUCGGGGGCAGAAAUCGAGCGUUUCGCCAUUAAAAGGCAGCAUUUCAGUGAAAGAUUCGGAUUCGGAGAAGGUGGGGGAGAAUGGGACUAGCAGUAGUAUUAAUUUGAGCAGCCGUGUGAGUUUGAGUAAUGAGAAUGACGAUGGUGGGAGUGGACAUUACUGGAUGGGAAGCCAGAAUCUUCAAUGGGCUCAAGGGAAAGCCGGCGAGGAUCGGGUUCAUGUGGUGGUUUCGGAGGAACAUAGCUGGGUUUUUGUGGGGAUUUAUGAUGGGUUUAAUGGCCCUGAUGCUCCUGAUUACUUGCUUUCCAAUCUUUACUCUGCUGUGCACGAGGAACUCGAAGGGUUGCUUUGGAAUGACAAGUUCCAAAUUGCAAUUGAACCCGAGUUAAAUUCAUUGAAUACGGAUGUGGGUUCGGUUUCUUUGAAGGAAACUGAUCGAACCCAGAUGGGGAAUCGGAUGCCUGACGGUGUCGAUGGGGGGAAUUAUGCAUUAGAAAAUGGCGAAAUGGAAGGAAAGGCUAAUUCAAUAAGAAAACAUAGUAAUGGGUUGGAAAAUAAGUUGGAGGGGACUCGGAGGAGCUGGAAGUGUGAAUGGGAUAGAGGAAGGCCAGAGCUUGAUCGGAAGUUACAGCAGAAUUUAAAGCGUCCAGUGUCGAAUGGUGUGGCGGGUGUUAACCCUUCUGAUGUUCUUAAAGCGCUUUCGGAGGCAUUGAGGAAGACAGAGGAUGCAUUUUUGGACACUGCAGAUAAGGUGGUGACUGAGAAUCCUGAGUUGGCCUUGAUGGGUUCUUGUGUUUUGGUAAUGCUAAUGAAGGGAAAUGAUGUUUACUUGUUGAAUGUUGGGGACAGUAGGGCGGUUUUAGCUCGGAAAUCGGAACAAAAUGUUCGGCGGAACUUGGAUCGGAUUAGUGAGGAUGAGCCUUCAUUUGAUUCAUCAAAUGCUGAUGGAAGUUCCAGUUUAAAAUAUUUGACUGCACUUCAGCUCACCAUGGAUCACAGCACACAUGUGAAAGAGGAAGUACAAAGAAUCAAGAAAGAACAUCCAGACGAUGCUUCUGCGAUAACAAAUGACAGAGUGAAAGGUUAUUUGAAAGUCACUCGAGCGUUUGGAGCUGGCUUUCUCAAACAGCCAAAGUGGAAUGAUGCACUGCUGGAGAGGUUUAGACUCAAAUAUGUUGGGACUGCCCCCUACCUCACCUGCAAUCCAUCCCUCUACCACCACAAACUCAGCCCGAGAGACCGGCUCUUAAUAUUGUCUUCUGAUGGACUCUACCAGUACUUCACUAAUGAAGAAGCCGUCUCUGAAGUAGAAUUGUUCAUCUCUUCAUUUCCCGAUGGAGAUCCUGCACAGCAUCUCAUCGAAGAAGUGUUGUUUCGAGCAGCAAAGAAAGCUGGAAUGGCAUUCCAUGAGUUGCUAGAUAUCCCACAAGGGGAACGCCGACGGUACCAUGACGAUGUUUCCAUCAUUGUGAUUUCGUUGGAAGGAAUAAUAUGGAGAUCAUCAGUGUAAAUAAACAUGAAAGCUGCAAUAGGAAAUUCAUCCACAGAAGGGUUGGGUCGAUUUUUCCAUUCAUUGUUUUAAUUGCAACAGUUUUUCCCAUCCCUUUGUUGCAUACCCAUUUUCCCUCCAUUUAUGUCAUGCUGUGGAGA